CGAUCCUACCACAUCAGAAGCGUAGAAGAAAAAACAAGGGACCCCCUCCACAACCCAUGGAGUUUGAGUCGUAGCUUUAGAAAAUACGCGACACCAACCGGCUUUUAUUUGUAUUUAAACACAUGACAGCAAGUUGAUCUUUUAUGAAUCUCUCCACUGCCUUUCGAGGUGAGGCUGUGGUCAAACACUUUUUUAAAUUCAUAAACAAAGUCCACCAGGAGCUGUUCGUGGCUAGCGAGCAAAGUGUAAACAAAGAGACCAUCGCUGCACAUCGCUCCCACAGUGUCCUAGUUUGAUUCGAACUGAGGAGACGACACUACCCGGGCUGACAUGACGGGGGUAGCCCCUCCGGAGAAGGCGUCCGGCUCCAAGAAGAAGUGCGAGAGGAAGUGUGCCAGCAAAGAGGAGUACAGGCAGCUGUCCAGCAUCAUGGCAGUCAUGAACAACCUGAGGAAGCAGGGCACCCUCUGUGAUGUGACCCUGGUGGUUCAGGGGAAAAACUUCCCUGCCCACAGAGUGGUACUGGCUGCUGCAAGCCACUUCUUCAGCCUCAUGUUCACGACCAGAAUGAUGGAGUCGAUGUCCCAUGAAGUGGAGCUCAGGAGUGCUGAGCCUGAGAUCAUUGAGCUGUUGAUUGAGUUUAUCUAUACAGCUCGGAUCUCGGUGAAUAGCACUAAUGUCCAGUCGUUGCUGGAUGCAGCCAACCAGUACCAGAUUGAGCCUGUGAAGAAGAUGUGUGUGGAGUUCCUCAAAGGACAGAUUGAUGCAACGAACUGCCUGGGUAUUUCAUCCCUUGCAGACUGUAUGGACUGUCCUGAGCUGAAAGCAGCAGCCGAGGACUUCACCCAGAUCCACUUCACCGAAGUCUACAAACUCGACGAGUUCCUGCAGCUGGACGUGGCACAACUCACUCAUCUACUGCACCAGGACAAACUCACUGUCCGUGCGGAGGCCCAGAUUUAUGACGCAGCAGUGCGGUGGCUGAAGUACGACGUGUGCAACAGACAGCAGCAUAUGGUGGAGGUGCUGGGGUGUGUUCGCUUCCCCUUGGUCUCCAAAACUUUCCUAUCUAAGACGGUGCAGGCUGAGCCCCUCAUCCAGGACAACCCCCAGUGCCUCAAGAUGGUCAUCAGUGGAAUGCGCUACCACCUGCUGUCCCUGGAGGAUCGGGAGGACAUGGGAGAGAGCAGCCGACUGAGACGGAAGAAGCACGACUACCGCAUCGCCCUGUUUGGAGGCUCCCAGCCACAGUCCUGCCGCUACUUCAACCCCAAGGACUCCAGCUGGACAGACAUCCGCUGCCCCUUUGAGAAGCGCAGGGAUGCCACAGCUGUAUUCUGGGACAAUGUGGUCUACAUCCUGGGUGGCUCACAGCUCUUCCCCAUCAAGCGCAUGGACUGCUACAACGUUCUGAAGGACAGCUGGUACUCCAAACUGGGUCCACCCACACCACGCGACAGUCUGGCGGCCUGCGCUGCCCAGGGCAAGAUCUACACGUCUGGAGGGUCAGAAGUUGGUAGUUCAGCUUUGAACCUUUUCGAAUGUUACGACACAAGGACGGAGUCGUGGAAGGUGAAAACCAGCAUGCUCAUGGCCCGCUGCAGCCACGGUUCAGUGGAGGCUUACGGGCUCAUCUACGUCUGUGGAGGAACAGUGGGGAACAACGUGUCCGGCAGGAUCCUCAACAACUGUGAGGUUUUUGACCCCAACACACAACAAUGGAGGGAGCUGUGUGGGAUGAGAGAGGCGAGGAAGAAUCAUGGCCUGGUGGUGGUCAACAACAGGAUCUAUGCUGUUGGAGGCCAGGGGCCACUAGGUGGACUUGACUCAUUGGAGUACUACGACAUUUCCAGUAAUGAGUGGUGUGUUUCCUCGCCGAUGCCGUGGCGAGGUGUGACAGUGAAGUGUGCGGCAGUCGGCGAUGUCAUCUAUGUGCUGGCAGGGUUUCAAGGUGUGGGGCGGCUUGGACAUGUCCUGGAGUACCACACCGACACUGACAGGUGGGUGACUUGCAGCAAGGUGCGAGCGUUUCCCGUCACCAGCUGCCUAAUCUGCGUGGUCGACACGUGUGGAGUAAACGAAGACGAAGACAUGGACUUAAUAGACUCUCAGUCACACCCUGCAACCACAGCCCCUCCGGCUGCCUCCACCUCAUCGUCCUCAGAAACUGAGAGGAAGUUGUAAUGUACACUAAGUUGAGGCAGUCGCAGCAGCCACAGCAUUAGGCCUCCAAAAAUAAUUAUGGAACUGAUUUACACGAGGCAAGACCUGUUUUUUGUGAAAAUGAAUAUUCACGUGUGUAUUGUAGGUUAUGAAGUUCUUUAACUAUGUCCAGUGGCCAAAUUUUUUCUUUAACCUUUUAUCUGUACCUGAAUCUCAGGGGCUAAAGUUAAAGUUCCAGUGGGACAUUAUCUACAAAUAUAUGUUUUAGGUUACAAUGACACUUUUACUAAGUUUGAUUUGUCAGUUGGUAUAUGUAGACUUUUAGUUAUUUAGAAAAAAUCCCAAACCAAAAAGAACAUCUGAUGAAUCCUGUCAGAGAAAUGACAAUUUGAGGGUUUCUUCUUAUUUUUUUUUAGCUGUGAAGUUAUACCGCAUUUAUAAAUAGUUGAAUCUUGUUUGUGUUGUGUAAAUAUAUGUACUUAAUAAUAUUGCCUAUGUAUUUCACUGUAACUUAAAACUGAAUGUACAGAGAAAUGAAUAAAUAUUGUAUUCCCA